AUGGAGGAUGAACACAUGAACGCAGCCACACCCCCACAACCCUCAACUUCACCCCACAACCCUCAACCUCCCCUCACACCUCUCAACCUCGCCCAACAACCCUCAACUUCACCCCACAACCCUCAACCUCCCCUCACACCUCUCAACCUCACCCCACAACUCUCAACCACACCCCACAACCCUCAACCUCCCCUCACACCUCUCAACCUCGCCCAACAACCCUCAACUUCACCCCACAACCCUCAACCACACCUCACAACUCUCAACCACACCCAACAACCCUCAACUUCACCCCACAACCCUCAACCUCCCCUCACACCUCUCAACCUCGCCCAACAACCCUCAACUUCACCCCACACCUCUCAACCUCACCCCACAACUCUCAACCUCGCCCAACAACCCUCAACUUCACCCCACAACCCUCAACCUCCCCUCACACCUCUCAACCUCACCCCACAACUCUCAACCACACCCAACAACCCUCAACCUCACCCCACACCUCUCAACCUCACCCCACAACCCUCAACCUCACCCCACACCUCUCAACCUCACCCCACACCUCUCAACCUCGCCCAACAACCCUCAACCUCACCCCACAACCCUCAACCUCGCCCAACAACCCUCAACCUCACCCCACACCUCUUAACCCCACCUCACAACUCUCAACCUCACCCCACAACCCUCAACCUCGCCCAACAACCCUCAACCUCACCCCACACCUCUCAACCCCACCUCACAACUCUCAACCUCACCCUACAACUCUCAACCUCGCCCCACAACCCUCAACCUCACCCUACAACUCUCAAACUCGCCAUACACCUCUCAACCUCGCCCCGCAUUUUUUGA